GUCAAGCAAGGCACCGGAGCCACUAUCCCAGAGCAGAGCUACAGCAGGCCGUCAUCCCAAGCCUUCCAAAAGCCCAGCCUAAUCCCAAAGAUGCAGAUCCACCAGGCUGUGUUUGGAGCCGCCGUGCUCGGCAUGCUGUUGGCCAUCGGAGGCUCGCUGCCCGUUUUGGAUGUCAGCUCGGGCAUCGACAACGCCACCAUCGAGGAGCUGAGGGCCAGUGUUAACGAUACCCCUAAGAAUCUCUAUGUGGUCAAGGCGGUGGUCUAUGAGAUUGGCAUCCUGACGGAGGUGGGCGAGAAUGACACCAGUUUCGAGAGCCAGGAGCGCGUGGACUUGACCUUCUACGACACGCACAGCAACAAGAGUCACAUUGACCUGGGCAACAUUCCACUGCCCAUCCAGACGAACGUCACCGGCCAAGUGCUAACCGGAAUUGCACCCGUGAACCUGGGUGCUUUCAGCAGCCCGCAAGAAUUGCUGGAGACUUUGCCCCUGACCGGCAGCAUUGUGAACAUCACGCACAGCGACACCGCCUUCUACCAGCUGAGCAGAUCCAACACCAGUGCUGCGGACAAGCCACAGAUCCUGGAUCAGGAUGCGCUGGCCAAGCUCACGCAUGCGGCCCAGCUGUUCCCGCCCUCCUCACAAAUUGGCCAGUCCGUGCCCGUGAAUCCGGCCACCGAUAAUGAGGUGACGGAACCUGAGGAUUAGGGCGUACCUCCCCGGAAUCUCAUCGUGAUGCAGUGCGUUGCUCUCCAUACAACCUACAAAUACGUAUACUCUAGAUCUACUUAGUUUUAUGGCUUCACACACACUUAAGUACCUACAGUGCUAGAAAAGACUGGACGAGGACAGGCCUUGGUCACAUCACAAGGUUGGAAUUUCACUUUUCUAUUGUAAAGUAAAAAUAAAUUUCGCAUUAGUGCUAGGCAAAUGA